CCGCGCUCCGCACACCAGCUCCGGCUCCGGACGCCGAGCGGCGGGCCCGCGAGCGAAUGGGAGGCAGCGGACGCCCCGGGAGGCUGCCUCCCGCUCCAGCGCCACCCCCUCCCCAGCCCCUGUCCCGAGGGUUUGGGGUCGCGCCUUCCCCAGGUUCUGGUGGAGUCGGCCGACUUCCUCGGACCGUGCUCUGGGCUGCGGGGAAAGGCUACAGGAGUCUGCGCUCCCAGACCCCGGGCGCCCUGCCCGCUGGGGAAGGGGCGCCGUGCGCCCUGGGCGAGCGCCGGACGCGGGGCACAGUCACCGGGCGGGAGGACGCGCCCAGGGCGAGCGCCGGAGGUUCAAUAAAGACGGUCUGUGCUCACACCCGAUGGCCCCGGGGACGGCGCCAGGGACACGGGAUCCAACUUCAGAGCCACCUCGAGGACUCUCGGGCCGCGCUGAUGGGAUUCCCAGAAGCCCCAGAACGCCUCGGUGGUGUUGGGUCCGUUUCCGCCCCACCAGCCUGUGAACGCCUUUCGGGCGGGACACUUAGAUUCCCGCGUUCAGGCCGGGAACGCGUGGUGGGCGCCUGCCGUAGGUCCCGCUCGGUGCUGGGGACCCAGCGGGGACCCGAAUGGCCUGGACCUGCCUGCUUCUCCGGGGUGCACAGACCAGGGGGACCUCUUAUUUUGGUCUCUUAACUACCUUCUGUCUCCCCAGUGCCCUAAAAAGGCUCAUGCAUGCAGAAGCAGCUUAAUAAAUGCGUUGAUUGAA